ACCAACUUCACAUCCUUUCCUCUGUAACCAUGAAGGCGACGCUUCCUCUGCUGCUUCUCACCGCAUGUCUGGUCAGUGCGGGCGCAGUCCCCAAAGCUGUCUGGCACUUUGGGGAGAUGAUCAUUUGCACCCAGCCGGGUAUUAAUCCUCUGGAUUACAAUGAAUACGGCUGCUAUUGUGGCUUAGGGGGAGGUGGCACUCCGGUGGACGAUGUGGACAGGUGCUGCCAAGUUCAUGAUAAAUGUUACGAAAACAGCAGAAAGAUUCCUGGAUGUGACGGUAUUUUCGACCUUCCCCACAUUAUCAGCUAUGAUUUCACCUGCUCAAACAAACAUGCGUACUGCUCAGCAACCAACGACUCGUGCGAGGCUGCGGCUUGCGAGUGCGACCGUGCGGCUACUGAAUGCUUCGCUCGGUACAAUUACAACCCUGAUAACAAGUACCUGGGUUCUCAGUACUGUUAAGACGCAUCAGACAGCCACCGCCACAUGUGGAUCACA